CGACGCCAAAAAAAUUUGGUGGGCUGGGCUUUAGGAGGGUACGAGACUUCAACAUUGCUAUGAUUGGAAAACAAGGUUGGAGAAUGUUGGUCAACCCUGAUUCUAUCGUGGCAAGAAUCUUUAAGGCGAGAUACUAUCCAAAAGGGGAUUUCCUGAAUGCGGAACUUGGCUCUUCACCAAGUUUUGUAUGGCGGAGUAUUUUAGAAGCUCGUCACCUUAUUACUAAUGGCAUAGGUCGACGGAUUGGAGAUGGACAAGAUACUCUCGUAUGGGACUACCCAUGGGUCUGGGACAAGGACACGCCUUACAUCACAUCACCUAAACCACCUUUCUGCCCAAAUUUCAAGGUUUCUUCCCUUAUUGAUAAGGAGACUGGCUCAUGGAAAAUGGACGUGGCGCGGGAGUGGUUCUCGGAAGAAGACGCUAUCCGUAUCCAUCGUACUCCGUUGUCUCCCUCCCGCAAAGACUGCUGGUUCUGGGCGGUGGAAACACAUGGAGUUUACACUGUGAAAAGUGCUUACAGGAGGCUGUGCGGGGAAGCAUCUCAGGUUGGCGUUUUUGACCGGUGGAGCCGACUUUGGGGGCUGCCGAUUUUGCCUAAGGUACAAAACUGUGUUUGGAGAUGUUUAAGGGGUGUCUUACCCACGGCCAUAGCUCUUGGAACCAAAGGAGUUGUUAUUGAUCUUCACUGCCGUAUUUGUGGUGCACCAGAGGAGUCACUAGAGCAUGUUUUUCUGCUAUGUCCUUUUGCUCUAACGAUUUGGAGGCUCCUUGGCAGCAGGUUAGCUACAGGUUUGCAUGAUAAUUUUUUUGCUUGCUCACUGUCUGCUUUUAGUUCGAUGUCGACUCCUGAAUUUGCAGGGGUGGCUGCGGGCAUAUGGGCAAUCUGGAAGGCCCGAAACCAUGCUUGCUGGGAAUUAAAGGUAUUUAAACCUGAGAUCGUUGUGGAAUGGGCACGAGAUGUAUGCAUGCCUAGGACAUGAAGUAUGUUGCAUGGUGGCACGGUGUCGACGUCGACGCACCAGGGGCCUCAUCACAUGACUCGACCGGAAAUAACACGCUGCUUCGUUG